GUUAAGUGGUGGGGCUUUGUCCUUUAAGCACCCAGAACUUUCUAUCUCCAGCUCUGGAUCUAGGACAGUGCCAUGCAGCAGGAGCAAGAAGCCAGUUAGUGUCCUGCAAGGCCCACACCCAAGCCCGAGGAGAAAUCGAGGGCAACUGAACACAAGAUGUGGCUGAUUGGAGAAACAUGGAGAAUUAUGAGCAGAUUUUUAGGACAUAUCUGCACACAGCAAAACAAAGAUGCCUACCCUCAAAGAAGUUUUUCAGCAGGACGUAAGGAUGAAGCAGUUCAUGGCCAUGUUAAAGAGGAAUAAAGACAAGGAUCCCCCGCCCGCCAAGCUGCUGGAUCUAGCAGCACAGCUUUGCCAGGACCUCCAGACCUCAUCUCCUAGUCUGGAGAAGCUGGUUGGGGCCAUGAUGGGAUGCAAACACAAGAUGUAUUUUCUCACUAAUAUCCACAUUGUCCGAGCUUGUGUACUCGUUCAUGUCCAUAAUGGGCAGCAUGACACAGCCUGCAGACUCCUGGAGUAUUGCAAGGCAGAGGAGAAGGAGCAGCUGGUGCAACUUUGGCAUGAGAUUCACUACCGGAGAGUUAUGGAGAAAUACCACACAGAUUUUUUGACACCACUGCAGAAAUUCCGUUGCAGGAAGAGGAAUCCUCCACCUAUUUCCCUUUGUCCUGAAGGUUUGAAGAGUCGAAACUAUUCAGAUGAAGUACGCCAGCAGCUGCACAGGUUUGCUACAGAGGUGACAACAAAUCCAAACAAGAAACAGCGGGAGGAAUUGGCUCAGCACAUGAACCUGCAGCCAACUCAGGUCUAUAACUGGUUUGCAAAUUAUCGUCGACGUCAAAAAUCCUGCCUCCCUCAUACGGAAAAACUCAACAACUCCUGGCCUGAGAGGGCUUUGACCUACCACACAAAGGAGCAGCAAGAUAAUGGAUCCUACGGUGCACAAACUGCAGAUGGAUCUUGUGUAGGUAUCGGCUCUGAGCAAACGGAGAUAACCCUCGUGCCCUGUGACCCUGGGUGGGAGCAGUCAGCUGCAGAUCUGGAUAAUAAGCCUUCUGAAGGAAUGUAUUUAAAGAUGCUGGAAUCCAGCUUUAUGCAGAGCAGUCAGCUGUAUGAAGAAAGGGCAAGCAAGGCUUUCUCUGACAAUACUGAACAGCUUGUAGCUUUCUGCACCGAGGCUAUGCUGGAACCAGGAACCUGCUUUAACUUGGCUCACCUGCAGCCUGGAGCAGUAGCAAGCAGUGCUUAUGCCAGUCCCCAGCAGGAUAACUUUGCCCGGUGCUCUUGCAGGCCCCUUACCUUCCCGGGUGAGCAGCUGGCCGUGUGGCAGGCCCCUUGCAGCACCAGAGGAGUCUCUGGCUCCAUGUGGACCCCAAGUAUGGAAGUUCCUGUCAGACUGUGUUUGGCAAGCCUCAGUGCCCACCUGUUUCUGCACCCUCCAUGGCAGAAAGCCAAGCCCUGGGACAAAGCCAGGUCCUGGAGGAUCCAGCUGGUGAUCCAUUAACCAACGACACGUUCUGGGGAGCAUGGCUGCUCUUUAAAUUCUCAUCUGGGGGACAAAUGUGACCUGCCUGCAGAGACGCUCAAUGUGGUCUGCACUUCCCCAGGAAACACUCCAUCCUUUUUUGGUUUUGUUUUUGGUUUUUUUUUGUUUGUUGUUUUUAAAUGAAUGAGGGGUUUAACAUGGAGAUGAAGAGAGAGAAUGAGGUGGAAUGAUUAAGGCUUUUUCUAAUGGUUGCAACGUUUGUUUUAGUUACAGUUUUAUUAAGAAUUUUGAAAGGUUAGAAGAAACAAAAGGUGCAUUUUGGAUUGUAGGUUUUUACUGGAACAGUCUGAAGCUGCACUGUAGAUGCUAAAAAUAUUAAGUCACUGGUUCUGUGGCAGUUACAUAUUUCUACCCAUAGCACUGGUCAGAUCUGAGUCCUUAAUUACAUCAUGAACGUAAACGAAGCUCUCGUACUUAAAAAGAGUAAAUUUAGUUACAUUGCCUAGCAGUGGAUAUUGGAUAACUUUUUCUCAGGCCUGGAAAAUAAAGUCUCAGUGAAGUGCUGGGAAAAUACUGCUGUUUUUCA